GCGGAAGUGGCGCGUGCAGGGAGACGUGUCGGAGCGGCGGGCCCGGAACGGGAGCCGGGGCACCGGGGGAGCCAGGCAGGAGCGGGAGCCGCGGGGCACCGGGGGAGCCAGGAUGAUCACGGACGUGCAGCUCGCCAUCUUCGCCAACAUGCUCGGCGUCUCACUCUUCCUCCUCGUUGUCCUCUACCACUAUGUGGCCGUCAACAACCCCAAGAAGCAGGAGUGACGGAGCCCCGGUGAAGCCUCCACCGCGAUGGUCUCGCAGCGGCGCCACUCCCGCCGCCCCUCGCUCCCUCCCGCGGGGCUGCCCCACGAUCCCUCGGCGGAGCCCCGAGAGGCGCGAGGCCGAGCUUCUUCCAAACCAGCUUUAACAGAAACACGAUGAUACACGACAAAACCGAGUGGCGUC